AUGGAUGUGAAUAUCGCUCCUCUCCGCGCCUGGGACGAUUUCUUCCCAGGCUCUGACCGCUUUGCCCGGCCGGACUUCAGGGACAUUUCCAAAUGGAACAACCGUGUGGUGAGCAACCUGCUCUAUUACCAGACCAACUACCUGGUGGUGGCUGCCAUGAUGAUUUCCGUUGUGGGGUUCCUGAGCCCCUUCAACAUGAUCCUUGGAGGCAUUGUGGUGGUGCUCGUGUUCACGGGCUUUGUGUGGGCAGCCCACAAUAAAGACAUCCUCCGUCGGAUGAAGAAGCAGUACCCCACAGCGUUUGUCAUGGUGGUCAUGCUAGCCAGCUACUUCCUCAUCUCCAUGUUCGGGGGAGUGAUGGUCUUUGUGUUUGGUAUCACUUUUCCCUUGCUGUUGAUGUUCAUCCAUGCGUCGCUGAGGCUCCGGAACCUCAAGAACAAACUGGAGAAUAAAAUGGAGGGAAUUGGUCUGAAGAGGACGCCCAUGGGGAUUGUCCUGGAUGCCCUGGAGCAGCAGGAGGAAACCAUCACCAAGCUCACUGACUAUAUCAGUAAAGUGAAGGAGUAA